CAAAAUCAUUUGAGAUCAGUCGUCAGUGUCAGUGUGUGGUUAUUAUAGGAUAUCGCUACUUCACGCCAGUGCACGUGCGUAUAUGUAGAAGAUUUUCGAUUGUCGAACGUUGCGCGACGAUGAAUGACAUGCAAAUCGAAUUAAUGUGAUAUUGUCGGAAAAAAAUGACGUUGUAUCAUUUCGGAAAUUGUUUAGCUCUGGUGUACGUUCCAUAUUAUCUCACCUACAAAUAUUCUGGUUUAUCGGAAUACGGUGCAUUUUGGAAAUGUAUUCAAGCGGGAUGCAUUUACAUAUUUACACAAUUGGUAAAGAUGUUGGCUUUAGCCACAUUUUUUCCCAUGGCGGAUAACAUAGGAGACGAAGGCUUCGAUCUUGUCGGCGAAUUUUUAAAGUCCUCCAUAGAUCUGGCCGACUUGGUAGGGAUAUUGUUGGUAUUGAACGGUAUACCCGGCAAAGGACACGCAAAAGUUUUGACCGCCGGGGUCGGUUGGGCAGGCGCGGAGGUAUUGCUCACCAGGUUCCUUCUCCUAUGGGUAGGGGCAAGGGGUGCAGAAUUCGAUUGGAAAUACAUUCAAAAGAGUCUCGAGUCCAACAUAAACUUGGUGCAACAUGUGACCACGGCGACGCUCGUAUGGUUGUGGUCCAGACACGAUUUGAAACGAAGUUUUGUUCCCGUGGUGGUCGGCAUGCUCAUUCUCACCAUCUACAGGCCGCUCAUUUUAGAUUUCCUUAUAGUGUUCUUCCUGACUGGACCAUGGUCGACGCUCAUUGUCAAAGCGGUUACUACCUUCGUCAUGGGCGUUGCUACAUUGUACAUGUAUGCUGGCCUCGCUCGUUCGAUCGGCAUAUUCUGAACGGUAACAAUGACACGGUGGACAGAAUGUCAUGAAACAAAUACGUGGAGCGUACUCUGCUGAGAGUGUGAUGAACAAGCUUUUGACCUGGUUCUCUGGAAACGAACGGGUUCCAAAAGUAUUGGGAGGCUUUUUUUUGCUCAGAAAUGCUGUCUGCUGAAACAAUAAAUUUGCACAUUGUUGCUUCGA